AUGGAUUCACCACUUCCACCGCAAGAAUACGGCGAGGAUCAUCAAAGCAAAGGCAGAUUGAAGAUUUCCGACUCUCAGGAAGCCAACAUGAGCAACACGCAAAGACACCCGUAUGUCAACAGCAGGACACCUGAACCGCAGAUAGAUCGACAAGCCAGCAACGGUGACUCGCCAGACACACCAGGCGUUCUUGAGCCGUUCGACUGGGAUGAAUUCGAAGCGCGUUAUGAGAACGCUUUGCGCGAGGCCGACGACCAAGAGCGUGAGAUUUUGAAAGAGGCAGAUGCUCUUGCAAAAUAUUUCAAAGUCUGGGCAGCCGCAGCAUCAGCACAUGAUGAUGAACGGGCAGCAAAGCGCUUACAAACUCGAAGACGCUUUGUGAAUCUUGCCGAAGACAAGAUGGAACGAAAACAGCAGCACUACGAACAAGUUGUGAGAGCCUUUGAGAAUGCGUUAGCUCUUCUCAAAUCCCUGUGA